ACCACCUCCCAGCCGCAGCGUCCUAGGGGCCACCCCUCAGGAGAAGGACGCGAUGACCUGAUCGGCCCGGAAGGGAUUCAGGAGCCGCCCUCCCUUUGAACUCGGGGCCAAGGGCCGCACCUCCCCCAGCAGCCCCGGGCGGCAGCCGCGCUCCGGCCAGGCUUUUGCUGGCGCGUCCAGAGUGUGGCCCACCGGAGUCCCAGCCGCGCCCGCGAUCGCGGGGCCAUGGGCGCCGCCGGCUCGUCUGUGCUGGCCCGCCUCGGCCUCCCCGGGCGCCCAAGGCCCGGCUGGCUCGCGGUCGCCCCGCUGGGACUGGCCGCGGUGGCGCUGGGGGCCGUCGUCUGGCGCCGGGCGCGGCCCAGGCGGCGCCGGAGGCUGCAGCAGGUGGGCACCGUGGCGCAGCUCUGCAUCUACCCGAUCAAGUCCUGCAGUGGGGUGUCUGUGAGCGCGGCGGAGUGCACGGCCCUGGGGCUGCGCAGCGGCCACCUGCGGGACAGGUUUUGGAUGGUGAUCAACAAGGUGGGGAAUAUGGUUACUGCUCGACAGGAGCCCCGCCUGGUCCUGAUUUCCCCGACCUGUGAGGGUGACACCCUGACCCUCAGUGCAGCCUACACCAAGGACCUGCGGCUGCCCAUCCAGACACCCAUAACCAACGCUGUGCACAAGUGCAGAGUGCAUGGCCUGGAGAUCGAGGGCAGGGACUGUGGCGAGGCCGCAGCCCAGUGGAUCACAAGCUUCCUGAAGACGCAGCCCUACCGCCUGGUGCACUUCGAGCCCCACAUGCGACCAAGAAAUUCUUACCAAAUAGAGGACGUGUUCCUGCCCACCGAUCAGAUCGUGUACGCGGAUGCCUGCCCAUUCUUGAUUCUUUCUGAGGCAUCCUUGGCGGAUCUCAACUCCCGGCUAGAGAAGAAAGUUAAAGCCACUAACUUCAGGCCCAAUAUCCUAAUUUCAGGGUGUGGUGUCUAUGCAGAGGAUUCGUGGGAUGAGCUGCUCAUCGGCGACGUGGAACUGAAAAGGGUGAUGGCUUGCUCCAGGUGCAUUUUAACCACAGUGGAUCCGGACACGGGCAUCAUGAGCAGGAAGGAGCCGCUGGAGACCCUGAAGAGUUAUCGCCUGUGUGAUCCUUCUGAACAAAAAUUGUAUGGAAAAUCACCUCUCUUUGGACAGUAUUUUGUUCUGGAAAACCCAGGGACAAUCCAAGUGGGAGACCCUGUGUACCUGCUCAUCCAGGAAUAAGAAUCCUAUGUCUUGGGAUAGCAGAGGCCUUUUAAUAAAUGUUCUCAAAAAUGCUGA